UCGUCUUGUUGUAGGGCGAAGCGGAUGGUGCUUAUGGCGUGGUUUGAUUCGGCCGCCUGGGAAGAAGCAUGAAAUCUCUUCAAGGGUCCUCGGAGCUUCUCUUUGCUUUGAGCGGUAGCCAUGAGCUUCUGACCACCUCGAUACCUGAGUAUGUGUGUUGGAUACGGUCGAUUCGACGCUGUGACCCUUGUCGUUACAAGAAUCCGAGACUGUGCCCCUCCAUCACCGGGGUCCCUUGUUGUCAUCCCCUCGUCCUACUCCGACUGAUCAUUUUUAUCUUAUCAGAUCAAAAAACCAUGGACUUGGCGCCCUUUUCGGCAAUGGACGACUUUGCGUACUCCGGCUUUGCGACUGCGACCAUCAGCGACCAACCGAUAUCGGCGUCCAACUGGAUGUCAGACCCCAGACUCGAAAUACGCGACACACAAUACAAGCUGGCGUCGCAAUCGAUUGAUGGUGAUGGUCCUGGUACUGGCCUGACCAGUCCGACCCAGAGCCACAAAAGAAAUGCCUCUGUCGCGGGGUUCGACAGCUCACCUGCGAGUGCCAGCUUCGGUUCUCCAGACCUGAACGAUGAACAUGGCCGCGGUGACGGCAAGCGCAGGCCCAUCAAACGAGCAUGCAAUGAGUGUCGACAGCAGAAGGUGAGAUACCAGCGAUUGUGUUAGAUGUUGUUCUAUGUCGCUGCCGGAUGAGGCCGUUGUCAUCUCCUACUUGCCAACAACCCCGGUUCUGCGCCUUGCCACGGCUGCUGACAGAGUUAUAGCUACGAUGCGAUGUUACUCAAGAGCCCUUCCAAACGUGCUCGAGAUGCAAACGUCUCAACCUUGAAUGCAAGAUCGAAGACAAUUUCAAGAGAGUGGGCAAGAGGUCGCGCAAUGCAGAAAUGGAACGGGAGAUCGUCGAGUUGAGGAAACAGGUCGCGGCGCAAAAGUCAGGGACGGCAUCGAAAUCGAAUGGCGGAGCGCAGAAUGGACAUACUGGCCCCAAUCUCGCUCCGACUGCACUAGGUGGCUUCACACAAGACGCCGCCGCCGCAGGCCUCCUGGACCUGAGGGAAGGCAAGAGUCCUGGGAGGUCAAUAUUCAAACGCCUGGAAGAUGUUACUCUGACUCAGGAUCGAGUGCAAGAGCUCUUCCAGCGCUUCUUCACCUUUCAACACCCAUUCUUACCAUUCCUCAAUCCCGAUAGAACGCCGGAAGAAUAUCACACGAGAUCACCGUUGUUGUUCUGGACAAUCCUGGCCGUGGGUGCUCGCCAUUACACCCCAGAACCAGAGCUUUUCAAUGCACUUUCGGGCCCGUUGACGCGACUGAUGUGGUCGACGAUAGCCGAAGUACCUCAGAACUACCACAUCGUCAAAGCACUGAUAUUGCUGUGCGCGUGGCCAUUGCCUACGAGCAGCACAUCGACGGACCCAACCUUCAUGAUUUGUGGGUUGAUGAUGCAAAUUGCCUUGCAAAUAGGCUUACAUCGUCCGAGUCAUGCCCAGGAUUUCAGCAAAUUCCGCGUCGAGCUCAGAGAGGUGGAACUACAAGAUCGUAUCGUGGUUUGGAGUGUUUGCAACAUCGUCGCGCAAAGGAUAUGCACAGCAUAUGGACAGCCUCCUCUGACCAUCUACGACUGGGCUCUAGGCCCCAAACCCAUCGAUACGAAUCCUAAUUACGAGCUGCCGGCGCCGAUAUACAAUAGGUUACUAAUCGAGAAGUUCGUGGACAAGGUCUCGCGGACCUUGUACAUGAACGCUCAUGAUCCAGUGGGACUAGCUUCCGAUGCAGAACGUCCUACGUACGUAUCCUUUCUAGCCCAUGAUUUCGAGGAGCUCGAAGACAAACUCAGGCAUGAUACCUCGCCAAUCACUAAGCUCUACUUGAAAGCCGCAGCCUUGCACAUGCGGUUGAGCGCAUUUUUCUCACCACCUUCUUUACCAUCAUAUCGCGCCGACAUGUUCAAGCUCUAUCAAAGCACAACCGAGUUUCUUGAGGUAUGCUUAGGGCUGGAGAACAGCAUGAGCAUAAACCUACCGUCCAACUAUUCACAUGGUCUGUCAUUGGCUCAUGCCACCAACUACAUUUUUCACAUGAUGUUGGCAGCUGGGUUUUCACUUCUUAAGCUAAUGCACAACUUCCUCGGCGAGCACGACAUGGAUGUCCAAGGAGCGUCCGAGUUGCUUUCGAGGACUGUAUGGGCGUUGCGAAGUAUGAGUGUGGUUGAGAAUGAUCUUGCCGAGAGGCUUGCUGAAGUUUUGGCCCAAGUCUGGAAGAGUGGACGAGUUCGAGCGCAACCUGAUCUCAACAAGAUUGGUGAAGGUGAAGUUGAUGACAGUCUUCAAUUGAAGGUCAAAUGUCGUAUGUCGGUUUCAUUGGUCUUUGACUCGGUGUGGCGAUGGCGUAGGAAUUUCCAUUUUGGCGGAGGAAAGCCAUCUGAUGUUCGACAACAUGAUGCCAAACUUCAACAGGCGGAUAGCAUCGUCAUUCCUUCUUCGACAAACGUCGACGCCGCCGCCAAUAAUACUGCUGCAGUCAACGAUCCUAUGCUCUCAGCGUCGGCCAUCGUUCCUGGCAUGGCCGGCAUGGCAACGGGGAUGGUAGACAGCAACAACAGCUACUCCAUGGAUUACAGCCAGGCGAGCUACGACGUGUUUGACCCUCUGAAUUGGAUGCUUGAUGGAAUUGUGGAUUUCCCUUAUAACUUUAAUAGUUCGGGGAUUGACACAAUGGGUGGGAUAUGAUUGAGUGAUUUCAGCAAGGAGGUAGUGGUGCGUUUGGUACGACUUAAGCUCGUGAUGUGAUUUGCGAUGCGAUGCCUUAUGAAUUUCUUUUUUCUUCACAAGAUAUUUCUUUGGUUCAGCAACGUCUUGGGGUCUUCUAGGAGCGGCUGUACAGUGAAGCGCUAUGAUUUGGUUUCUUUACACUUGAAAUGUAGAUAGACUUUUAUCCUGCCUGACUCACAUACAGUACAGUACCUCAGACUCAGAGACUAGAUCACAGUCAUGACAUAGAUUUAUUUGAUACCCUUGAGAUGUCAUGCAGACCAUUACUACCCCAGAUCGAGGAAUUAUGUGCCCACAGC